AUGGCAACCGUAGACAUCCUGUCUCCCAGCGUCACUUUGAAAACCAUUGGACCUCCACCAGUCGUGGGUCCAACGACGAAAAGGCCGACUCGUCCUACCCAGCAGAUCCCGCAAUCCGUCAUUGUAAACGCCCGCAACAUUGUGAGGCAGGAGUUUGAUCCAGCCAGGCAUUUGAACUAUGUUCCCCCCAAGAAGAUCAUUAGCAUGGCAGACAUCGGGCUCGAGGGUGCUGGCAUCUCGGAUACCGCGGUAUCGGAACCAUUCAGUCUCUUCACCGACGAAGCCAUAGCACAAAUUAGAGCGGAAAUGUUCAGCGAAAAAGUGCUUGAGAAGUGCCAAUUUGCCUCGAGCUUUGCGAGCAACAUGAUAAGGGGCUAUGAUGAAAGGCAAGCUCUUUUUUCGUCUCGCGGAGGCCCAGGUAUCAGGCUGACCUGGCGCCACAGUCUCGCUCCGUUCACCUUCAAAGCUUGGUAUAGCCCCGAGGUCGCCAAGGCUGUUUCAGAGAUCGCCGGGAUUGACUUGGUGCCUGUCAUGCCUUACGAGAUCGGUCACUGCAAUAUUUCUGUCAACAACAGAAAGCCAGAUCAAGCUGAGCUCGAGCGCAUGAGAAACCAUCCCGGUGAGAGUAUGGAGGCUUUCGCGUGGCACCGUGACAGCUAUCCCUUUGUCUGUGUGACCAUGCUCUCUGACUGCAGUGACAUGGUCGGUGGAGAGACUGUAUUGCGUACAGGCGACGGCAGAACUAUGAAAGUCCGCGGACCCAGCAUGGGCAGUGCUGUCGUCCUUCAAGGCCGUUAUAUCGAGCAUCAAGCCCUCAAAGCGUUCACCGGCGGCGAGCGCAUUUCCAUGAUCACACCAUGGCGACCCAGAUCGCCACUGGUGAAGGACGAAAUUGUCCUUACCACCGUCCGUCCCAUAAGCUAUCAGGAUGACCUCUACCCUCAGUUUGCCGAGUACAGACUCCAGACCCUGAUCGCACGUCUUGAAUGGCAGCUGGCUCAAAUUCGGAGGCACGGUCAGAACGGGCAGAAGUUUGAUCUUGAGGGCGUUCGAGAAUUCCUGGGUCAUCAGGGGGGAUACAUUAAUGAUACUUUGGCCGAGAUGUUCAAGUACGAAGACUAA